GCGCCCCCAUACUCCCGUCGUACAGCUGGCACCCCGGCUCCCUUUCAGCCCCGGCGCCGCCGCCGUCUCACCUGGUGUUUGCAUCUCGCCCUCCAACUUUGCCAUUGGCGGCGGCGCGACGUGUGGGAGAGCCCUGCGCCUCGCCCGCCCGGACCAGCCUGCCCCGGCGCCGAGGUUGUUCUGGCGGUUGGCUUAGCCCAGCAUGCAGUCUUAAGCCUGGCUUAGGCCACGCCCACUCCACCUCUGAAUAUCCUCCACGGAGGCUCAGAGAAGGCACUAGAUUGAUCCGAAGGUACCCGAAUAACAUCUCUUCAUCGAGAAAGCACCGCAGCUCCAGGGAGCCGGGGGGUGUCACUGUCAGCUCUGGCACAAGCCGGUAUGGCUGUUGCCCUGCAGCCCAGUGAUUUGGUGUUUGAGUUCGCAAGCAACGGGAUGGAUGACAUCCACCAGCUGGAAGACCCUUCCGUGUUCCCAGCUGUGAUCGUGGAGCAAGUCCCCUAUCCUGAAUUACUGCAUCUGUACUCGGGACUGGAUCUGGAUGACGUCCACAAUGGCAUCAUAAGGGAUAGGACCCUGUGCAUGACACAAGAUCAGAUCCUAGAAGGCGGUAUUUUGCUGGCAGAUGACAAUGUGUCCACCUCACAAAAUGUGUCAUCUACUGAAGUCCUCUUCAAUGUGGAAUCUCCCAACGAUGUCCUGGAUGAGAAGCAGAUCUUCAGCACACCGGAAAUACUUCAAGACUCAGACUCUGUGCAGGCCAUCAGUCUGCCCAACCUCCUGUUUUCUGCCUCGGAACCUGAAGAGCCAAAGAAGACCAACGAUACUGGUGACCAGAAGGAGCAGUCUCUGGAGGAGAGGGUUUCUAGAGAGGAAAGUCCUAAGAAGACGGGGAAGUCAAGGAAGAGAAGCCGGAAGACAAAGAACAACCGAAGUACCUCACCUGUCACUGACCCCAGCAUGCCCAUACGGAAGAAAUCCAAGGAUGGCAAAGGCAGCACCAUUUACCUGUGGGAGUUCCUCCUGGCUCUUCUGCAAGACAGGAACACCUGCCCCAAGUACAUCAAGUGGACCCAGCGAGAGAAGGGCAUCUUCAAGUUGGUGGAUUCCAAGGCUGUGUCCAAGCUGUGGGGCAAACAGAAAAACAAGCCUGACAUGAACUAUGAGACCAUGGGCCGGGCUCUAAGAUAUUACUACCAAAGAGGAAUCCUGGCCAAAGUGGAAGGUCAGAGGCUGGUCUACCAGUUUAAGGAGAUGCCUAAGGACUUGGUGGUGAUCGAGGAUGAGGAGGAGAGUGCUGAAACACCGGAAGCCCCUCCUCAGGCCUCUACUUCCUCCACACCCUCCACCAGCACCAUCCGUAGAGCCAGCUCCAGGGUUGGAACAAGAGCCUCCUCCCAGGACAAGGAUAGCCCUUCCUGGGAGAAGCCAAAGGUUCACCACACUGGUCUCCAGCCAUCCGCAAACCUGGAGUUAGGGCUGUCUGUGGAUGAGGAGGUUCCCACUACCUCCACCAUGCUUAUCUCUCCACUACAGAGCCAGGCCAAGCUCACCAAAACUGUGAGUACUUCUUCAGGGCCCAGUAACAUCCACCUAGGAGCGGCCCCUGUGGGGCCGGGCUCCACCGUCACCCUGCAGACCAUCCCGCUGACUACGGUGCUGACCAAUGGGCCUCCUGCCAGUACUACUACUCCUACUCACCUGGUUCUCCAGAGUGUUCCACAGGUGUCAACAUUCAAGGACACCUUCACUUUGCAGGCCUCCUUCCCCCUGAACACCAGUUUCCAGGAGAACCAGGUGGCAACCCAAGGGGCCCCAUUGAUCCUCAGUGGCCUCCCUCAACUUUUGGCUGGGGCUAACCAUCCGAGCAACCCAGUACCAUCCCAGGUCAUAAGUGCUGGGUCAGCAGGGCCUAGCUCUCAGCCCCCUGGGACUGUCAUUGCUGCCUUUAUUAGGACUUCUGGUGGCACAUCAGUGCCUGGGGUAAAGGAGGGGCCCUUGAGGUCCCCCUCAUAUGUGCAGGGUGUGGUGACUGGGCCCCCCGUGGAGGGGCUGUUGGUUCCUGAAGAGACCCUGAGAGAGCUCCUGAGAGAUCAGGCCCAUCUUCAGCCACUUCAGGGUCAGGUGCUUUCAAGGGGUCCCCCCAGCCGCCCCACUGUUGGGCUAACCCCAGUGGCUGAACUGGAGCUCUCAUCAGGCUCAGGGGCCCUGCUUGUAGCUGAGCCUAGUGUGACCACAUCUGGGAGCCUGCUGAGCAGAUCGCCAGCCCCAGCCCCUUUCUCCCCAUUCAACCCCACUUCCCUCAUUAAGAUGGAGCCUCAUGACAUAUAAGCAAAGGGAUCAAAAGUAUGACCAACCAGGCAGUUGUGAAGCAUGUUCAUGUGGACGUAAUAGAGUACCUGCCCUUACAUCUAGUGGGGUGGGAUACAUUUGAUACCAAGUCCCCAGGCCUGUUUUGACAUCACCAUGAUCAAACUAUGCCCAGCUCAAGUAUCCCUGGCAUCAGACCAUGGCCUUCAAGAGCACUAGGAAGUAAAUAGACUCUUGGAAGGAUAAUGGGCUAGCUUGGUGAUGGAAGGAAAGCCCCAAGCCAGGAAACAGCUUGUGGCCAGAGCUGGUCAGAGGCUGCAUGAGAAGAGUUAAGCCUGGUCAUACUUCAUUAUCUCUAUUCCCUACGCAGGGAACUUACCAUCCCAUAUGUGAAUAUCUUUGUACGCAUUUGUGUGCACUCGUGGAUCUGUGUCUUCAUUUCUUUGAGGAGGGUGGGAUGUCGAUGUCAGGUCUUUUCUUCAAGUAAGUGUGUGUGCUUGUGUGUGUGCAUGUGUCCGUCCAUUCCUAGGUCAGCCACAGACAUGAGGCAGUUUUAAGAGAAAGCGCUCCCUCUCUCUCUCU